GGAAGUGCCGCUCCCUGGUGGGGGCUGUUCAUGGCGGUUCCGGGGUCUCCAACAUUUUUCCGGGUGGUGGUUCUAAAUCCGUUCGCAGCGGAGGCACCGGAGCUGGAGGUUCUUGCUGGUGUGAAAUGACUGAGUACAAACUGGUGGUGGUUGGAGCAGGUGGUGUUGGGAAAAGCGCGCUGACAAUCCAGCUAAUCCAGAACCACUUUGUAGAUGAAUAUGAUCCCACCAUAGAGGAUUCUUACCGAAAGCAGGUGGUUAUAGACGGUGAAACCUGUCUGUUGGACAUCCUGGACACAGCGGGCCAAGAGGAGUACAGUGCCAUGAGAGACCAGUACAUGAGGACAGGCGAAGGCUUCCUCUGUGUGUUUGCCAUCAACAAUAGCAAGUCGUUUGCAGAUAUUAACCUCUACAGGGAACAGAUUAAGAGAGUGAAAGACUCAGAUGAUGUCCCUAUGGUGCUAGUGGGAAACAAGUGUGAUUUGCCAACACGGACAGUUGACACAAAACAAGCCCACGAACUGGCCAAGAGUUACGGGAUUCCAUUCAUUGAAACCUCAGCCAAGACCAGACAGGGUGUUGAAGAUGCCUUUUACACACUGGUAAGGGAAAUACGUCAGUAUCGAAUGAAAAAACUCAACAGCAGUGAUGAUGGGACUCAAGGUUGCAUGGGGUUGCCUUGUGUGGUGAUGUAACAAGAUACUUUUAAAGCUCUAGCAUCCGACGAGAGCCAUUGCCAAGCUGCACUGACACCCUGGUCCUGACUUCCUGGAGGAGAGAGAAGUAUUCCUGUUGCUGUCCUCAGCCUCACAAAGAAGCUCCUGCUGCUCGCCCAGCUCUCAGUAGAUCAGUACAUUGUUCUCUGUUUGAGAAGUUCUCGGAAUAACUACCUCCUCGCUUGAUUGUCUGACCAGAGAAAUGAACCUCUUGUUACUCCCCAGUAUUUUUCCACCCUGGGUUCUUCCCCACACACACCUCUGUCACCCCAGGUUUUUCAUCUGAUAAGCCAUUCACCCUCUGAAAGAGAACCAAACUGUAGACAUUAAAUUGUCUAGAAAACAAUGUCUUGAGGUCUAAUGUAGCAACUGCUGCGGGUGUUUUUGUUUUUGUUUUUGUUUUUGUUUUCUGUUGAACUGGGAACUAUAUUGGUUUUUGGAGAAAUGUCAUAAAUUACUGUUUUGCUGAGAAUAUAGUUAAUGUUGGUGUUUGGUUGUUUGUAAUGUUAUCAACUGUAUUCUAUAAACUGGCAUCUGCUCUGUAUUCAUAACUACAAAGGUGAAUACAGACUUUUGAGUCUAUCCUAGUCUUCUUGACUUUCAUGCAAUUAAAUCGAACUCUCACAAUGAAGUGCCUUUUUCCUAGAAGUGGGUUGUAAACUUCCUGUACAAUACUUCAGUGGAAUGGAUGUCUCAGAAACCAUGACACAUGAAAACCAAUGUCUGAGGUAUGAGUAGGACCUGUCUACCUUUGAGGGCAAGAUACACCGAUAUGAUAGCAGAUGCCAUUUCUUGUAUGUGUGAAGUUGGCUUUUCAGAGACCUGAUUUUAGGUUCUCCCAAGAGAAGGAUAAAACUGGAAACAAUUAUAAAUAAUUUCACUUAAUUUUUACCCAUGCUCCACUUUUUUUUGUAGGUUACUACCUAUCAAAUGUAUGUACUUUGUUUCUUCUAGUUUACUGGUAAUCUAAUGUUCAAUGAACUUCCAUUCGUAUUUAAAUUUGGGUUAUAUCCGAAGGCUCUGCAUUUGCAGAUGUGCAAAACUAAAAACUCAAUGAAGUUUUAUUUAAUAUUGUGAUCAAUGAUUUUGAAGCCUCCAACAGUGUAUUAACAGACUCAUUUUCAAUGCAUAUCGUGGUAUCCUAAUGCUGUAUAUAUUAAUAAUUGCCCUCAGGCCCUCACCCGCUGUAGUUUGAUUAUUUCAGGUGAGUGGAGCAUGGUGCUAAAUGGACCAGGGUCACCAUCUCAAAACCUGAGCGAGCCAGCUAGCAUCACAGAGGGAGGAGGUCUUCCACAUUCGCUCAUUGCACCAGUACCCUGGCUGGUAGUUUGGCCAGGUGUGUGCUGUUAGUCCUGCAUGGAAGGAAGUGGUCAGUUAACACAAGUCCUCGAUCGUAACUGGAAAAGCUUGGUAUCCUGAAAAGGGUCAGCUUAACAGUCUUUAUAAAUAAAUUAUCUAGACUCUUUGUUUAGCCAUGUGGAAAUUCAAUGGUGCCAGUAUUUCUUCUCAUGUUUUUGAGAAUGAGGGUACCUCAGAUCAAAAUUGUUUUGAAGUUGAUUUUUUUUAAACCCUCAGCUGAGAAUAUGUUUAUUGAUUUUAGAGAGAGGGGAGGGGGGAGAAUAACAUCGAUCGGUUGCUUCCUAUACAUGCCCUGACUGGGGAUCGAACCCACAACCUUCUGGUGCAUAGAAUGACGCUCCAACUAACUGAGCCUCCUGGCCAGGGCUCAGAUCAAGAUUUUUUUAACUUUCUGUAUUCUUCAUGUUCUUUAAAGGUUUUAAAACAAGAUACUGGUUAGUUAGUCUGUGCAUACAAGAAUACAAAAGCUGAGUUUGUUCAGAACAAGAAGCCACCUUUGGAUCGGAAUUGCUGUUUGAGAAAGGAAUGGAAACAAUAUGUUGUUAGUUAUGAGGAUUUGGAGGCUUGACUUUUCUGUGCAAAUAAUAUCCUGGUAAUUCUAAUGAAAAAUAGACUUACAUGACUUCAGUAAAGGCCCAGGCCAAAAUAGCCACUCGCUGUCCUGCUCUUUUAAUAUGUAAAUACUUACUGAGGUCCUCCAUCUUCUAACACAAAUUUUCAUUUAUUAAGCAAACUCCACAUUGCCUUCAAAUGAAUUCAGAAGAGGGGAAGAAGUCCAUGCUGCGUCCAGAGUGUAAUAAACUCAGAGUUGUGCUCCUCGGCGUCCAUUCUGAGAGCUCUCGCAGUACUGUCAGCCACCGGUAAGCGGGAACUCUGCCGCUUCUGCCCCUGCCACUUUCGGGCGUUGCACUCAUUCUUCCGGAGGCUGGAUUGAAGCUUGUCACCUCAGUCGACACCCUCUUCCUCUUCUCUUUGUGACUGACAGUGGGAUCCUUUUUCUAAUGUCAAAUUAGGAGAAAAGAUAACUGAUUUGGGGCUCUUGUGCCCAUUGCCCUUGUAUGUAUAUACCUUGUCAUGUUCUCAAGUAUGUUGCAAGCACAGAAAUACCUAAAUGGGGCCAAAAUUCAGACUUGAAAAUGUUCUUUUAAUAGCUUAAGAACUUACAUUUAGGUGUGAAUUUUGGCACAGUGGAGUGACAAAGUUACAGUUGAAUGCUGAAUAGUUUCAGUUAGUGUGGUGUAAAAUGUGGUGUUUAGAAUAUGUUUGUAAUUGCUGAAAACAAUUCUAGUUUACCUCAAAAUCUGAAAGUCUCUUUCCCCAAGCUAAGUGCCUGGCCAGCUGUCAUAAAUUACACAUUACUCUGGUGGUUGGUUUUUUUAAAGGUUGUUCGUUCAAGAGUGUGAAAAUUCGAUGUUCUGUCUAAAGGCCACCAUGCCUGAUCUGUUAAGUGCUGUAUUUGUUCCCAGCAGCGUACUAUAGAAUGUUACUUGGUAGCACAAUAUCAUACUUAUCACAAUUUUCACUUUAGGAGUGUAAUGGGUAAAAUUAUUUUCAGUGUAUAUUUUAGUGGGGCCCAUGUUUAGUCGUUCAUCAUCCUUUGAACUGCUGUGAAUUUUUUAUCUUGACUUGAAAGCAAGAAUAGAGAAACACUUUAAAGAGACUUUUUUUCCCCCAUUCCAGAGUUGGUGAGCAUAGUCACAGUUUGCAGUCAUGAACUCUUAAGCUGGCAGCUAUAACCAAGAACCAAAAUAUGGUGCACUCAGCUUCUUGUAAUUCUUCUCUGCCAAUAAAUUACAAGAAACAAAGAUAAUGCAUUAGGGAAAAUAUUUUAUUUGGGUUGUUUCCAUAAAAGGGACUGUAACUCUUACAAAUUAUUUUUCAUCUUUGCAGUUUCUUUAAGCAGUCCAGUGUGCCACAAAAUUAUUUUAAAGUGUUUCAUAUAAGAAUUGUUUCAAACGUGUUUCUGUUACCAGAGUAGUUGUAGAUAUGUUUCAGAUAUAACUGGUGAUUUUUAAAAGCCUGAGUACUGACCUAAGAAACAAUUGUCUGAAUUCUACUCUGGAGGGAAGGUAUGAUCUUGAUGGAUGGUGUAUGAGCUUUACAUUGCUGUGCCGUCAGAUAGAGGUAAAAAGACUGAUUGACUGAUUGUGCAAUUCUGCUGUUUAAAUGGAAACUAUUGGCCUCCUUGGCCCUACAUGGAAGGGCUGAUAUUUUAAGUUGCCUAUAUUAUUGUAAAUUAAUCCAUCCUAAUUUUUAAAAAUUUGGUUGAAUGUUUUUCCUUUUAAAUGUUUAAACAAUAAAA